UCUAAACUUCCUUACUUGAGGUGAGGCUCGAUGAUCAUUCAUGGAGCACAGCUGAGCUCGCACUGUCACUACCAAAAUGUCUACCCUGCCAGAUGACACACUACGAAAGAUCUUGGUCCAGAUUCAACAGACCGCCGUCCAGUCACAGCGUGCUCUUAAUAUUUCUAAACAGCAAUCUGCCUCAAAAGAUCGAGAGCGAAGAAUUCUCCAGCUCACCAUUAAUGAGAUCCAGGGUAUUGAAGGAGAUGUCAACUUGUAUAAGGGCGUUGGCAAAAUGUUCAUGAUGGUCCCCCGGAAAACGAUGGAGCAGGAAUUAAAAACCCAGGAGAAGGAGCUGACAGAUGACAUCAAUAACUUGAAUAAGAAGGCAAAAUAUCUCGAGAAGCAAUUCAACGACGCACAAUCUCAGCUGCGCGACAUAUUCCACCAUAGCCCGAAGCAAUGAGACCUAAUGUAAUAGUUAUCCAGCACCCACUACUGUAAUAUUAACGGGUCCGACUGUACAACGUAACGCAUGAUAUGAGUCGCGCAAGCAGCUGAACGCUCGAUAGUCGCAUUCCUUCCCGCCUUAGCCUCCCCUAGGCUAACCAUAGACGAAGGAAGUCAGUUUCAUAUUUUAAUGCCCAUUUAUCCUCAAGAUGUUUUUUUUACCCCAACCACGGUUGGAGGCCGGACCGGUAUGCCAUCAAGCCUGGGCGCAAACCUAACAAUCUUCAUGCUGUCACGAGCUUGCGGUCAUUAGUGAUUAUACAGGGACUAUGUCAUGAUUCGUUGAACCAGCUUGCUGUCUUGCUAUCUUCUCGACUAGUUUGUUCAUGCUAUGGCCCUCGGGGAUUUACUAACUGCAAUCCAC